AUGGCCACUAGCACACGGACAGCUCGAACUGCCCUCAGGGCCCUCCGUGCCUCAACUCAACGUUCUACAACUACUAGUAUUGCCUACCGCACCUACGCUUCGGCAGCUGAACCAGACCUCAAAACCACUCUCCAGUCCGUCAUUCCCGAGAAGCGAGAGUUGCUGAAGGAAGUCAAAGGCCAUGCCGACAAGAAAAUUGGAGACAUCACCGUAGGUCAGGUCAUUGGUGGCAUGAGGACCAUGAAGGCCAUGGUGUGGGAAGGCAGUGUUUUGGAUGCAAACGAAGGCAUCCGCUUUCAUGGUCGAACCAUCGCCGAAUGCCAGAACGAGCUACCCAAGGGCACUUCUGGCACCGAGAUGCUCCCCGAGGCUAUGUUCUGGCUCCUUUUGACCGGUCAAGUCCCUUCAACGUCUCAAGUGCGGGCUCUCUCCCGCGAGUUGGCUGAAAAGUCAGACCUACCGGCCCAUGUGGUCAAUAUGCUGCGGUCAUUCGACAAAAGCGUUCACCCAAUGACACAGUUGUCAUGUGCUGUGGCUGCACUAAACACCGAGUCCCAAUUCGCAAAGAAGUAUGCCGAGGGACUGAGCAAGGCUGAGUACUGGGAGCCCACAUUCGAAGACAGCAUCAACCUUCUCGCCAAGCUGCCUCGUGUCGCCGCGGCCAUCUUCGACAAGGCUGCGCUAGAUAUACCUGUGGACAAGGACCAAGACUGGGCUUACAACUUUGCUAAACUGCUUGGGAAGGAAGGCAAGGAGAACGAGGGUUUCCAAGACCUGCUCCGUCUGUACCUGGCCCUCCAUGGAGACCAUGAAGGUGGUAACGUGUCUGCCCAUGCGACCCACCUGGUGGGAUCGGCUCUUUCAGACCCAUUCCUCUCAUAUUCCGCCGGCCUGCUUGGUUUGGCCGGGCCGCUGCACGGCCUUGCCGCCCAAGAAGUCCUACGUUGGAUCUUGAAGAUGCAGUCUCAGAUUGGAGAGAACCCCUCGGACCAAGACGUCAAGGACUAUCUGUGGGCCACUCUUCGCUCCGGCCAGGUCGUGCCGGGGUAUGGUCAUGGUGUCCUCCGGAAGCCUGAUCCUCGUUUCAAGGCAUUGAUCGAGUUUGGUGAUUCCCGGGAGGACAUUGCCAAAAACCCGGUGUACCGCCUGGUCAAGAAGAACAGUGAAAUCGCACCAGGUGUCUUGACCGAGCAUGGCAAGACGAAGAACCCUCACCCCAACGUUGACAGCGCUUCCGGCGUUCUGUUCCACCAUUAUGGCUUCCAGGAUCCCUUGUACUACACUGUCACUUUCGGUGUUAGUAGAGGCCUGGGGCCAUUGGCGCAACUUAUCUGGGACCGUGCUCUUGGUUUGCCGAUUGAGCGGCCCAAGAGCAUCAACCUGGAUGGAUUGUUGAAGCUGGUUUAA